GGAGAAGUAAACAAACAUGGCGGAAUAGUAUUUUUAAAAGGGAGUGGAAAAGUUUUUACGAGCUGUUAGGGAUAAUUGUAUGCAAAAUAUGGUACACAGAAGUAGCAUAACAGCAGUUGGAUAUUAGUAAUGUUGUCGGAUAAAUGGCGAAAUGUACAUGUCUGCAGUGUCAAUGCCUAUAUUCGGAAUCCUGAAGUUUAAAUCUUCGACGAGAGAAGUGAUUGGUGUUUCAACAGACACCAUUGGCAAAUUCCUCAUGUCGGAGUGGUCAAGCAGCACAGGACGGAGGACUAUAAUCAGUCCAGCUUAUAUCAAAUCAUACAGCAGCGCCACUACCUGUCCGUGUAGCAGUGGAUACGCCCCAGAGGAGAAGAUGUCCCAUGCAGGUGAUGGCCUGCAUACUCCAGGGUAUUUAUCAUGGAGGAAACUACAGCUAAGUAGAGCAAAGCUGAAAGCAUCAAGCAAAACAUCAGCCCUGUUAUCAGGGUUUGCAAUGGUAGCUAUGGUGGAAGUGCAGCUCAAUGAACGAUCUAAAGUACCUCAGGAAAUGCUGAUAGCAUUUGCUAUCUGCACUACGUUGCUAGUUGCAGUUCACAUGUUGGCAUUAAUGAUCAGCACAUGCAUCCUUCCCAACAUUGAUGCUGUUUGUAACCUACAUUCCAUCAGCUUGGUUCAUGAAUCACCACAUGAACGUCUGCACUGGUAUAUAGAAACUGCAUGGGCGUUUUCUACACUACUGGGACUUCUUUUGUUUCUGUGUGAAAUAGCAAUAUUGUGCUGGGUAAAAUUUUAUGACUUUUCAAAACUUGCCGCAUGGUCUGCUUGUAUUGUUCUUAUACCAGUUCUUGUUAUUUUCUUAGCAUUUGCUGUUCAUUUCUAUAGAUCUCUUGUCACACACAAAUAUGAAGUUACAGUGUCUGGCAUUAGAGAACUAGAACUUUUGAAGGAACAGAUUGAACUAGGUGAUACAGAGGGAAGAGUCAAUGGCAUUGGGUUGUUCAAUAAUGCACAGAUUGUGUAAUGCGUUAUUGAUUGUUAGUAUGAGACCAUAACCUUUCUACUGUUUGCAUCAUUUCCAUUAAACUGGAAAAUGUUACAUGAUGUGUGAUCGAACUUAUUGAGUAUUUAAGAGCUGUGCUACUUAUUUGUGUGCUGUAUCUCGAAUAGAAUGCCAAGGUAAAUAUUAUUUCUAUGAUACACUGAAUCUGAAGUGUAGUCGCACAUUCUUGUCUUCCUCAUAGUUUAUAUUCUGCGUUGAUUACUGUUAGUCGUGAAGUAUUUACAAUCAUGACCAUAAAAAGUGACACAUCCUGUGUGUGUGUGUGUGUGUGUGUGUGUGUGUGUGUGUGUGUGUGAGAGAGAGAGAGAGAGAGAGAGAGAGAGAGAGAGAGAGAAGGCUUUAAAAGCUUUAAUGAGAUGAAUUUCAAGAGAAUUCUAAUAGUUUUGAAAUGUGUAUUGUUUACUUUUCGUUUUGAGUGCAUUGUGCUGAAAUUGUUCAGAAUUAUUGCAUUUGGGUGGAAUGAGAUUAGUUCAUUUUGCCUGUUUCAUAUGUGGUUGUAUUUUGAAUUUAUUCUUUCUCAUAUUACAUGUGAGUUUAAUAUUAUACACUAUGUUUGCCAUUCAGUUUUCAAUUUUCUGUUACUGUCUAACUAAAAGAAGAGAUAUUAUCUGUGCUCAAGUGCUGUAUCUGAAAGUUCCAUAUACAGAAAGCAGAAAAGUGGCGAUAAAGAAUUAAAGCUAAAACUUUUUAUUGGCACAUGUGACUUCUGAAAUUAUGUCUAAAGUGUGGUAAAAAGGCAACAGUAGCAUGUUUCAGUUAAUAGGAAAGAUUUUGAGUUGUAGAUUAUUGUACCAAAGAAAAGGAAGAAAGACAAAGUAUGAAAAGUUUUGCAGAAGGCAAUGAAAUGUACAUAAUCCCAUAUAUUACUAUAUAUUUUUCCUCAUUUUGAAUGCAUACUUUCUGCACCUCUUUGUGAUUAAUAACUUGUUCUUUCCAGUUUUCCACAGCUCUCUCUUUCUUCCUUUCCUCUAUUCCAGAAGAAAGUGUUUAUGAAAAUGUCAGAUUUAUUGCCUUAGUUUCCAUAUAUUACUGCCCAUUAGAUUUGUGACGAGUAUUGAAAUCUAUAGUUUUUUUGAAAGCCAAUGGUAGAAGACCUUGUUAAAUCAGUAAAAAUAUCUGUUUUUCAUGAAGACUUUGUAGAGACUUUUGUUGAACGAAUGGUAAAUUUGUGUUAGUGAUAUGUCAGGAAAUGCUCAUGCUGUGAUUAAAUUAUAAAAUAAGAAAUGAAAUCUGUUUUCAGCAAUAUAGUUUUGAUGAAAGUGUAUUUUGAGAAGGUAUCUUCCACAAUGCCAUUAAAUGCACUGACAUUCCUGUUUUGACUUACAAUUUGUGUGUACUUGUUGACAUUUGUACAUAAGGGAACAGCCGUGAAGAAAACCAUUUUUAACCUAUAACACAGUUUUCAUGAAAGACUAUUUUGGAAUGUAUAUGUGUCUUCAUGGCACACCUGAGUUCUGUCAGAAAAUGUGAAAAAUUGAAAUUAUUUGGUACUUUGUAUGCUGUACAUUUCUCAUAGAAUGGACAAUUGUUGCAUGAUGAAAAAUAUCCUUUUUCAGUUACUCUAGAAUAUUACAUAAAGAAAUUUAAUAAUCUUUGAGUUUCUCUCUUUAAGUGUGAGGAGAACAGCAAACAAUUCUACUCAAAAAUAAUUAUGCAAAUCUCCUAGGACACCAAAGUACCUGAAAUCGUGGCAUGCAUCAAGAAUUAGUUCUAUACCUACCUUUUAAUGUUUACAGUGUCCUUAAAAUACAAUAAAAUAAUAAAGUUAGCUUACCAGUCCUCAUAACAAGGUUACUAAAUUAAUAUUUUGUCAUUCCAGUAUUUUCUAUGCAAUCCUUUCACUGAAUUGUUAUCAUUGUAUGAGACAGCGACAUCUGUGUCUUGAUUGUAAACUGUGGAAUCAGUUGUUGAGAGCUAUACAGUACCUUAAUGUUAAUUAUUUGUACUAAAGUCUCAAAAUGUAUUAUGCUGUGCCACAUGUUCUUUUUUAUUGUGCGCAGUUUUAUUUAACUGCGACUAAAUACCAAAUUUUAAAGAUACUUGGAUUUUUUUCCUGAAGUAGUUAAAUUCCAUUUAUCUUCUAUGUUUAAAGAUUGCAUUCAAAUUAUUCUGUAAUACAAAAAAUACUUCUAGUAUUUUGUGUGUGAAUGUACACAGUAAAACUGUCAUUUUUUGCUAAAUUAUAAUUAUUUAAAAGUGAUUUUGUGUCAUUGCAGAUGCAGUCUUUCAAAUGUCAUGACAUAUUUAAGUACAAAUUUUGUGGUUUGUGGCAUUUUGUGGUCAAGUGUACUGUAUUUGUAUAUAAAAUUUUGAUGUCAUGUAUAUAAUUCCUGUAAUUAAUGUGCUGUAUGUUUCUACUUGAAAAAUGAUAAGUUCCUUUUGUUAUGAUAAUUGUGCACUGUACAGAAAUUUUUGUCAAAUUUUGGCAUUCAUAAUUGUUUUGAAAAAUAAAUAAAAUAUUUGUA